CAGCAGCAGUCAAGCUGAGCAGUGCUCGCACUUCGUUUGGAAGGUGGUCAGCGAUAGCUAAGGAAAAGCGUGCAAAUCGGCGUAAAAGAAUCCAUGCACGGUUCGUGUGAGUGAACGAGAGCGAAGUGCGACGUGAAGCAAAGGAGCGAGUGAGGCAGCGAGAGCCAGUGAAGUGAGCUUUGUUGGUGUGCGGUGAGCUAGGGCGAAGCAGAGAACAGCACACACGUUCGUUCAGUAGCCGCGAGACAGCAGCAGCAGCAGAAAUAAAAAUUCCGAACGAAAAUGGCGUCGAUAGAUCCGCAGUCGAAAAAUCGAAUGCAAGGAUUUAAAAACAAAGGAAAAGAUCAAGAUGAAAUGCGAAGACGGCGAACCGAAGUGACGGUGGAGCUGCGCAAAAACAAACGGGAAGAGACGAUCCUCAAGCGACGCAACGUUCCCCAGACCACAGCGGAAUCGACGGACGAGGAAGACUACACGCUACAGUCGAAUCUGAAGAAGCUGGUCGAAAAGGCAGCCAACAGCAGCGACAAGGACGGCCAGUUGGCGGCCGUGCAGGCAGCCCGCCGCCUACUGUCGUCGGAUCGCAAUCCGCCUAUCAAUAAUCUUAUCGAAAGUGGCAUCCUUCCCAUCUUAGUCAAUUGUCUGGAGCAGGACGACAACCAGGUGCUGCAGUUCGAGGCGGCCUGGGCCCUCACCAACAUUGCGUCCGGUACGGCCGUGCAGACGAACCAGGUCGUGCGAGCCGGAGCCGUGCCGUUGUUCCUCCGUCUGCUCGGUUCGCCUGCACCGAACGUGUGCGAGCAGGCCGUCUGGGCGCUCGGCAACAUCAUCGGCGAUGGGCCAACACUGCGCGAUUACGUGAUCAAGCUCGGCGUCGUAAAGCCGUUGCUGUCGUUCAUCAAGCCGGAAAUUCCGAUCCCCUUCCUGCGCAACGUCACCUGGGUGAUCGUGAACCUAUGUCGCAACAAGGAUCCGCCGCCACCGGUUGCGACGAUCCUCGAGAUACUGCCGGCCCUCAACAUGCUGAUUCACCACACGGACAUCAACAUCCUGGUCGACACGGUAUGGGCGCUCAGUUAUCUGACGGACGGUGGCAACGAACAGAUCCAGCUGGUGAUCGAUAGUGGGGUGGUGCCGAAGCUGAUUCCGCUCCUCUCGCACGUGGAAGUGAAGGUGCAGACCGCUGCCCUGCGAGCGGUCGGCAAUAUCGUCACCGGAUCGGACGACCAAACACAGGUGGUGCUGAACUGUGACGCCCUGUCGCACUUCCCCAACCUGCUGUCGCAUAACAAGGACAAAAUACGCAAAGAGGCCGUCUGGUUCCUGUCCAACAUCACGGCGGGCAAUCUGGCGCAGGUGCAGGCCGUCAUCGAUGCCGGUUUGCUGCCGAAGAUUAUCGACAACCUGAAGCACGGCGAGUUCCAGACACAAAAGGAGGCCGCCUGGGCGAUCAGCAACCUCACGAUCAGUGGUAAUCGUGACCAGGUCGCACAGCUGAUACACGAUGGUGCCAUUCCACCGUUCUGCGAUCUGCUGAUGUGCCAAGACAGCCAAGUCAUCAACGUUAUACUUGAUGGCAUCAACAACAUGCUGAAGCUGGCUGGGCCACACUCGGAGCACAUCGCUAAUCUGAUCGAGGAGUGUGACGGUGUGUCGAAGAUCGAGAACUUGCAGAACCACGAGAAUCUCGAGAUCUACAAGCUCGCGUAUGACAUUAUCGAGCAGUUCUUCUCGGAGGAUGCCGACGAAGCCGUUCUGGACGAUCUGAGACCAGCGUCGGACGAGAAUGCGUUCCAGUUCACGCCGAACCCGAACAUUCCCCGCGACGGGUUCAACUUCUAAACCGCACCAGAGUAUCGGGGGUGCACGCGCGCGCGAGCGUGCAUGGUUUGAGGUUACGACGAUUGGUCAAAAGAAGUCAGACAGACGCACGACACACCACACACACAGGACACACCAAGAGACAAACGAAGACUCAAGACGAGACGACGAACGUGCUUACGCACACGCGGCAUUCAUCUCUACCUUCCUUCCUAUCAGCUCAGGCUAGAGGCAACGAACGGUCUGACCGACCUCUCCCCCAGCCGCGCCGGACACGAUGAUGGGCAGCGACGGACGAAUUAGGGCAUUUAUACGGGACGCGAUCCUUUAUAGAGAGAACCCCACGGAGGAAGCUGUCCACACUGUGAGAGGGAUGCGUUACGAUCUAUUCUUAAUUUGACACCCAUAACUGGAAGGCACUUGCCAACAGACGAUAGCGCCCGUGUAGGGGAAUGCGUUUUGCGUUUCGAGAAGUUUGAAAUACAGACUUUUCUCCACUUCCCGGGCCACGGAUAGCUGUCCGUGUGAGGAGGCGCAACCGAGAACUACAUCAAGGAGUAAUUAUGUGUUAACACCCUUACGAACGUGGUGAAGACUAUUAGAGAGUAAAUGUAUAAUUUUUUGUCAAGUGAAAUGAAGCGUUGUUAGGCAAAGAAGAAUUCGAUUAAAUCCACAUAAGGCGGGAUGGAUUCAUUGCAGGCAAUAGCAGGUUUUCGGCAGUGGAAUCCAUUCAUACACAAACCCCCACACACUACGCUCGUAUCAACACCUGUAUUUAUUGGACGGACUCUCGAUGACUUAAGGAACCAUUAGACCAAUCGACACACACGAAUGCGAUGGCGGGGGACGAGAUCUACCGACUUUCCUCUUUCCAUAGACACUAGAGAUGAUGUUCCGAAGGGAUGAUUAGGAGUAGAGCGCCUGACGCAGGCAGCAGACGAUCACGGAAGCAAUGUAGCAACAACUAUCGCCAUCGCUUGGUGCGGUGCGCGCGAACAGAUGAAACAGAUUUUAAGAGGUUGUAAGGAGGACGCCCGUGUUUGUACAUUUUCGAUCCACGACACCGGGAACGCGCGUCACCAUGAUCAACCUUUUCCGAACUGUCGAUUUUAGAGAGCACACGGUGUAUUUUUUAACAUACCUUUUAGGCUGUUGUUCCGGGGACGCACGCCUCGGGACGGGAGACAAAACCGCCGCACAGACGUAUGUGUGCCGCCGUGCUUCAGGCGGAUGCAAUGGUCAUUCGCGAACAUUAGGAAGGCGAUCCGUUUUGAACGGGGAAAUCGACGAAAUAGAGAAAAACCGAGUUUGUGGAAGCGCCGCCAUAUGCGGUGGUACGCUUUCCGUGCAACAGUUUUGUGAUCCUAGCACGCGCGCGUGGUCCGCACGGUUUCCGGCGGGUUGCGUGUGGGCGUGUGUGCCGUGUUGUGAGGUAUGUCGCAUGCGGCUGCCAAAGACGAUAGAAGAAUUGGGGACGGAUUAAUUUAGGCGAAGCGAAACGUGCGCAAUAGGGGGAUGCAAUUGACGAAAAAGCUGGGGCCUUUUAUUGGGGAGUGACGGGCCGAUGGCCAGAGCCGAGCAGGGCAGAGAACUGUUUCGUCUUUUGUUGCGCGCUUUGCAAAGCACACAGAUGAGAGGAGAGAGACAGAGAGACAGACGAUAUUUUUGUAAAAUAGUCCAUUUAUGCAUCGUUUUUUGUUGUGUUUUUAAUUGCAAUUUUCAUUGCGCGCUCGGUCGAUGACCCCGUUCCGAUGGGACGGGAUGGCAGGAACCAGCCAGGGCGGCAAGGAUCACACACAGACACAACCAGGUGCUGCUGUUGGACGCGCAGCGCACAGUUAACAUGAGACGGCGGAUGGCAGUAAUAUGUAAUUUAUUUUGUAUGUCUUAUCUAGGAACCAGAAUUGACGAGCUUUUCGAAGAGAACCCGAAGGCGCCGGUGCGAUCCGUGGUUCUGGUGGGGAUCUUGUAAUGGAUCGAUUGUGUAGGGAGAACAAAAGGAAAAUUAUUAAACAAGGCGAAUAGAAGCGUGUUGAAAUCUUCGCCACACCGGCGAAGCGCGAAGAUAUUAUGUAUAGGCUGUAAUAUCGGAUACGGAUCGGCGGCGGUGGUGGAGACCUCCGGUGCCCCGGUGUCCUGGUAAAACAAUGGCACAAUGAGCGCCACUUUUUGGCAAUCGCGUCUGUGACGCACGACGAAGACAUGGCUUCGUUUGUGCACCAAUAGUAUGUGAUCGCCGCGGAUCGCGCGCACACCUGUUUCAACCUGUGCGGCCGCGCGAUGUGUUUGUUGUGGAUCAAUUCAGUUAAGCUUUAAACAGAAGAGGGAAGAAACGAGAAAGAGUAGUAGAGCGCCUUCGGCCCAGGCAUAAAAGGACGCCAGUGAUGAAAACGGGCGUGCGCGCACCGGAUAUGCGCGCGUCGCGCGGCGGUUCCGGAACUGGCUGUCGUUUGUUUUGUCAGUCAGCAAAGUCCCUAGCCGCCGCCGCCGUUGGGUGUAGGGUGUAGGGUUGCGCAUGUCCGGGCGUCGCCUGGAAUGUUUUUACCCAGAGUGUUUGCCCUCUUGAUGGGCAGUUUUGUUUGAUUCGGACAUAGAAGGGGGUCGACGUGUUUUGCACUCCGCGCAGACAAAGCAAGCGGUUGUGGCGGCGACGGUGGCGACGACGACGGAUGACAAAGGGGGUGUCCGAUGUUGGGGCGGUAAUUUAAACUUGUAUAAAUUCUAUAUAUAAAAGUAUAUAUAUAUAUACAACAACCCACACACACAGAAGACGCGAGACACGGACGGCCAAAACUUUAUUUCAAACAAACGCCAAACGGCGCCACACAAACCAGCACCCGGUGCAGAACUGUGUUUGAGACGAGGGUACUCAGUUCGAUUUGAAGAGAAACGAACGGACGAAAAACACAAUCGCGCGCGAUCUUUUCUUUCGAUUCCACACCAGCGACACAACAACCAACCGAACCACAAUAGGAGGUCGCCCAGAAGGGUUGGCGAGUGAACCACACCAGCGCAGGAAACUUCAGAGAGAGAGACACACAGUAACACGCAGCUCCUCCCACGCCGCCAGCAGAGGGAAAGUCAGACAGACACAGCUUAUUCAGAUCCGAUUUUGCCCGUGUCCUUCUGCGAAGAAAUGACGGAAAACGAUAAAACAAAAUACCAUUCAAAAAAUACACACAUUCUGCUCUCUUCCCUGUUAUGCCGAACCGAUUGCCGACCGAGAAUCCGAGUGUGGGUAAGGAUCGACGCGCUCCGUCGCCACAGCACAGAGCCGCGCGCAUAUCACAGUGCUCCGGGUUGGGGUCAAGCAAUGUAACAAAGUAUCCUCUAAACCCCUCUGCCCCAGCAGAGCGCUCUCCGACACUUCUACAAUAAAA